CAGAGCCCUCCCUGUGUCCCUCUCCGUGUGUGGAGAUGAUACCAGCACCCCUCCCAUCCUGCCAGGGGCUCUGCCCCACUCCGACAUUCCAGCAGCUGCAGCCAGCAGGGCACAGGGAUGCGGAGGAGAUGGAGAUUUUCUAGCAGGGAAAGGAGGCAGGAGCCCAUCAAUCUGACAGCAGGCCAUACCAGUGGUUCUUUACUUGCAGGAAUAUUUUGUCCCACUGGCUACUUCCAUUAAGAAAAUCGCUUUUCCAGGCACAAUGUGGUGGAUGCUGGUGUCAGUGCAAGAUUCUCUGGGGACAGGCACCAGUGCUCUGCAGUGCUGCCAGGCCUGGAAAACCCUGCCCGAGAGCUGCCAGCAGGGACACAGCACAAGUGUCACCUCCUCUGCGCCACACGGGGACAGCACUCGCAGGACUGAGACAGGCCGGGAGCUGCAGAGGCUGGGGAAAUCCCAAGUGAGCGUCAGUGGUCCAUGGCAGGGGUGAUAAAACCUGUGACUGCGUGGAAGGAGGGGACCGUGAGCAGCGGCAGAUGAUGGUGGCUGACGGGGAGACAAGGUGCAGAGAAGGAUGGGGAUCCUGAUGCUGCCGUGGCCAGGAAUCAGGCACAGACCCAAGAGCCUCAGCAGGAGCCAUGUGAGUUCUCUGCAGACAGCACCUUCUCCUAGCUUUGCCUGCUGGUAGCUAGUGUUGAGUUUGCUUUGACACAUGCUGGUGAACCUGCUGCUCACAGCCAGGUGCUUUGUGCCUAGUGACAUGGCUUCUCCCUGUCCUGAGACCUCACUGGGCUGAUGAGACCCUCAUCUGGCAACCACAGCACCAAGCUGUGGAUGGGAAGCAUCACACUGGACAGGUUCUAUGAGCUGAGCCCCUCCAGGCAUGACUUUGACUGCUCAUGGUUUAUACCACUAGUGAUUUCCUGGAAACACACAAGAGGAGGCUGUGAACAACACUUGAGGAGGAUGCCAAGUUUUCUAUACAGUGAUGAAACUAUCACAGUCCAGAAGCUGGAUGACUUUGAAAACUUAAGUGCCAACAAGGACUUUGGGGAUCAAUGAGCUGGGCACACCAAUAUGUCAGUAACUACUUGUAAGCAUCCACCAAGAAAGGCAAAAGCAGUCCCUGGAAAUUUAGAAGUUUGUAUUAUAUUGUGACUGUACACUGGCAUGGAAUUAUUUUUAAGGGCUGUGAUGCAAUGUGCAAACAGACAAUGCAGAAAUACUCCAGAAGCUGCUCUAAUGUGACCUUAGAGCAAAGUGGAAAGGGGAAAUACGUUUGCCCAAGACAGCAAUUCAAAGUGCUAAUAUCAGCACCUUUAAGCUCAUUGAUCAACUUGUCUGAGCUUUUCUGGUAAAUAGGCUGUCGUGGGGAGCCCUGGGACACAGGCACCUGCAACCACUGAGCAGUCACAGAGCCAGCAGGUCACAGGGUCACAGUGCCACAUUUUCUCAGAAUUGCUGGCUGAGAAGAGCUAUGGAAGACAAGAGAACUACUAUGAUUCAGAGUGAAGCAUGUUAUAAUAAUCACAAAACUGCCUGCAAACCGCUGCCCUCACCUCUCCAACAGCUGCAGGGCUGUUGGGGCUGUGCUGUCCCAGGGCUCAGCCAGUGUGACAACAGAAGCCACUCCUGCUCCAAUCCCAGCAGAGGUGGCACUCUGGAAGGCAGAGAGAAGACCUCAGGACAUUCUAGGGCAACGGGUCCCCUCCAAGCACAGUCUGUUGGGCGAGGAGAGUCAACAGGCAUUGCCCAGUGAGACAUCAGGCAACGGAAGGUAAAGCAAAGGAAAAAGCCAAAGCUAUUCUACCUCCAGAGGAACUGCUGCAGGGAUGCAGGGCAGACAAGCCUUUCACCUCCCUGCAGGGCUAUUGCAGGCUCCUCAGUCAGCAGGAGGUGGGACAAGCCACACCAAUGGUGAUGACAGAGGAAGCUCUGCCCUUUGUUCAGGAGGAGUGCAGGUGCUUUCUCGGCCAACGUUGCUGCUCUCACAGCCACCAGAAAUUGUGAUCAGAGGACACCUCACUGGUCAUGUGCAGGAGCACCGCUCGUCCUGCCUGCACAGCACUCCACAGCUGGGCUGGAGGAACUCAUUCUCUCCAAGGACAGCAAGAGAACAGGAACUGUACAUUUUGAUACUCCCAAAAUGAACCACAGCAGCUGCAAUAUCACAGCCUAUGAAAUAUUUUCAGUUUUCCAGCUGUGUGUUUACAUCCCAGUUUUGGCUUUGGGCAUCGUGCUGAACGUGUUGGCGCUGUGGGUGUUCUGUUGCAAACUUGGCAAAUGGACAGAAACCAGAGUAUACAUGGUCAACUUGGCUGUGGCUGACUGCUUGCUGCUCUUCACCUUGCCGUUCAAAACUCUGUCCCAGUUCCAGCACCUGAAGGUGGAUGGCUGGUGCCUCGUUCUGGAAGGUGGUUAUUUCACAAACCGCUUUAUGAGCAUCGGUAUCAUCACCCUCAUUGCUGCCGACAGGUACCUUGCAAUCAAGUACCCUUUGAGAUCCAAGGCACUCAGGUCACCGCUGAAGGCAGCUUUUGCCUCUGGAUUCCUUUGGAUAGUCAUCAUCUGUGAGACUUCCCUCAUUAAAAGCUUUGAGGACCGAAGAGAGGAUGAAUUUUGCUUUGAAAAAUCUUCUGUGACACCCUCGGUGAUAACACUGUGUGCCAUUAUUACAGGGUUUUUCAUACCACUGCUCAUCUUGAGUUACUGCUCCAUACAAAUCAUUGCAGAGCUCAGGAGAAAGAAGACUGACAACUGUUGCAAUGAAAUGCUGACCAGGAAAGCUGUCUACAUUGUGUCUGCAAACGUGGCUGUGUUCAUCAUCUGUUUUUUACCUCUUUAUCUCGGGCAUCUCCUCCGCUUCAUCCUGGACUCCGUCAGCUCCGACUGCUCAGCAAUACAGAGCAUCAACAACUUCGUUCACUUCGCCUCCAUCCUCGCCAACACAAACUGCUGCCUGGAUGCCAUUUGUUACUACUUUGUCAACAAGGAAUUUAAGGAAGCAUCUUCCAAGCUAGCAAAGUCCAAAUCUGAGGUCGGUGAAGAAGCUGAAAUUCAGCUCCCACAUGUAACACAUUAACACAAAACACACACUGCACGCAUUUUAUAUUUGCCGUGUUCAACUGGGACUCACUAGCAGGGUUUCACACUUGCUUUUUAUAAGAGUGAGGUGGAGGGACAUUCUACAAAUGGGAAACAUUCAGAUACAUGGUUCAGCUCUGAAUCAGACAACCACAGCAGUCCAGGUUCUGAUCUAAUGAUCUAGAUUGCCGUUGACAAUUCUCUGCCUUGAUGCAAAUUUGCAUAAAAGGGUAGAUUUCCCCUGCCAAAAACCCCCAUCUUUCAUUUUCCCAUGAAACCCAAAAGAAGCACAGGCACUGGUAAAGGAUUGGGUUUUGUCUCUCAUCCCCACCUUGGAUCAGUGUUUGUGCAGCUGUGACAAAGAAAUAGGCUAUUCCAAAUAUCAGUGAAUUAAAAAAUCAGAGUGAAAGCGUGCGGAAAAAGAAAGAAUGGUGUUUCUGUAAGUCACAAUCUUACUGGCUUUUAGUUGCCAAUAAUGCACAAUCCCAAAACAGGCAUAUUUAGCUUGCUUUAAAGAACUUUACAGCAAUGUAACAGCUACAAAAUGAUCAUCGUUACAACACAAGGUCAGAAGAAAUUGCAGUUGCUUGUACGGGGGAAAAACUUGUGUGAGUCAAAAUGUUUGAGUCAAAUGGCAUUAAAAUUAAAGAGUUGGUGCAGGACAGUGGGAACAAGGACUCUGUAUUAGGGCUCUCUUCAGUCUUAUCAUGUAAAGGACUGUCUAAAGUGGUAGCAAAGCAGUUCCAAAGAAAUCAACCUAAAUAAAGUUGUGUCUCUAGCAUGGAA